ACAAUGACCCUCUUGGACCAGAAGCAUGCGACGUGAUCGUAGGCAUGAUCUCUUCUGUGUGGUCAGGCUCAGAGCCGGAGGGGUCCCGAGACUUGAAGAGAGCCGCUCACCUGACACGCCAAGAAACUGCGCAGUGUAAGUACAUGGUACUAACUACCUACAUAAUUACGGGAUAUAUCAUCUGCCACAGUAACGGAGAGUUCGAAAGUGCGAACACGGUCGCUGACCGCACACGCCUCCCCUCUGAAAUCAACUGAAACGCAGAUGGGUAUAGUCACGCCGAACCACAACAUGAUUGACGUCGGCCUUGUUCCGAAGGAAUGUGGGGCAUGAACCUGGUUGAUCAGGGGUGCAUCUAUGUUCUGCAUACCAACAUCCAAGUAUUGACGAGUUCAACAGCCGUUCGUCUCAUGCGUAUAUCAUGGGUGGCUCCUUUCUAGAGUUGUACCUACGCCAUUAGGUUUUCAUCUGGACAGAGAGGUCUGCGGAUUGAAGUUGCAGUCCAUGCAUGGUGUGUCAUUUAGUGGAUAUGAGUGAAGAAGGAGAGAAAAAAUCGACAUCACCAACUUAUGGGGUAUUUACAGUGUUGAAAGACGCUGCCGCUUUAGGCCCAGCUCAAGAAAUGUCGGACGGCACUUAUCCUGCUCAUGCAUCAUGGUGUCAAUUUGGCGUCUGUUGGUCCACGAUGCGUUCUGUCCAAGGGCUUCCAUGUGUCCCAUCUGUGUUGCGCAUGGCAACCCGCCGCUUGGACUGUGUCAUCUUUCAACUGUUUCAAGGCCACUAUUUGGGACAUUCCAUCCGGCUGGUUCUUGCCGCAGCCGAUACUUGGUUGUUAUAG